UUAUCAAAAUUUAUAAUAAAAGAGACGUGAAAUCAAAAGCUCAAAAAUUUGUAAUAAUUGACUUUUCUUUUUAUCUUUUCAUAAAAUUUAAUACUGCAAAGUGAAUUAAUAAACGUGAAUAUUUUUUAUCCAAGGCUUUUAACUGUACAUUAUUUUUUUAAAUUUUAAUACUUUAAAGUAAAUUUUGAUGGUUCUGGUUAUUUGAAAAACUUUUUAAAAAAUUUAUAUGUAAUGUAAAUACAUUAUCUAAAAACUAAAAAAAAGUACAUUGCCAAAUUUCUAUAUAGUAAUGAGAAUUUGGCUUGGUAAGUUGCAUAGCAAAAGUGUAAUCAACAAAUAUUAAAAUCUGUAAUUAUUAGCAGUAGGUAAUAUUAACUAUAUUUGUUGAAUUUGAUAAAUAUGUUUCAUUUCGAAAUUUUAAGAAAAAUUUAGUACAAUUUAUUGCAAACAUGCGAAAGCGAAAAAUAAAUAGAGUUUACCUAAAAAACAAGAAAAUCCAUAUAAUAGCUAAUGAAAGCAUUGCUGCUAUUUGGAAUGUUAAUGUAUAGAUGUACAUAUGUAUGUAUGUUCCAAAUUAAAAUUUUGUUUUUCCAAUUGAAAGUAGACCAGUGAAAUGCAAUUAUAGCAAUUUCAUAUUAGUAAGUUACGAGAUAUACGUUUUAGGAGUUUAAUAGAAUUUUACUUUAAUUCUUCGAUAAAACAAUAAAAAUAUAAUUAAUAAUUCUGGAUACUUUGUAAAGUAUAAAUAUAAAAAGUAGAAGGAGCUUAUCUUCAAUAUUCCUUUCGUUGGAAUGUUGGAGCAUCCUCAACGAUUUGGCCGCAGUAUCCCUGAUUCCUCCUCUUCAACGGCAUCUGCAACAAAUCGAAGCCAUUAUUACGGUAAUAACAACAUAAAUACUGGUCUAGGGGGUUGUAAUAUUUCAUGGCAGCAACAACAAUCUCAUUAUCCAACUGCACUAGGUUCACCAGCACAUCAUCGUAAUCCUUCUUUAGUAUCGAAUUAUAGUAGCUCGCAUAAAAUCGUCACUUUUAGUAAUAAUUCAAUUAGUGAUUGUGUUAACAUAAGCAAAAUUGGUUGUGGUGGACAGCUCAUGGCGGGAAAUAUGAAGCACGGGAAAUCACAGGAGGAUGUCUGCUAUGUUGUAGCAAAAUAUGAUUAUGCUGCACAGGGGGCUCAAGAGUUAGAUUUAAGGAAGAACGAAAGAUAUUUACUUCUUGAUGAUUCUAAACAUUGGUGGCGAGUUCAAAAUAAUCGAAAUCAAUCAGGUUAUGUACCGAGCAACUACGUUAAGAAAGAAAAGCCAUCGUUAUUUGAUAGCAUUAAGAAAAAGGUUAAAAAAGGUUCCGGUUCAAAGACAUUGCCAAACUGCUCUCCAUCACGACAAAUGGAAAGUCCAACAAUGUCUCGACGUUUACCGCCAGAUCCUUCGGAAGCUAUUGGUACGGCUAUAGUCAAAUAUAAUUAUCAAGCUCAACAAGCUGAUGAACUAUCACUGACCAAAGGAACUCGAAUUUUAAUCUUGGAAAAAUCUAAUGAUGGAUGGUGGCGUGGACAAAGUGGUAACUCGGUAGGUUGGUUUCCUAGUAAUUAUACGACGGAAGAGUGUGAAAACGAUGGAGAAUUACAUACAUAUGCAAUGGCAGAAAAUGUUCUGGAUAUUGUGGUGGCGCUUUAUAAUUUUACGUCAAAUAAUGAUCAAGAAUUGUCUUUUGAAAAAGGGGAUCGUUUAGAAAUAAUUGACCGACCAUCGUCUGAUCCAGAUUGGUAUAAAGCAAGGAAUAAUCAAGGUCAAAUUGGUCUAGUACCCCGAAAUUAUUUGCAAGAGCUUUCUGAAUAUCUAGCAACGCCUUAUCGUGGAGGCGUUCAAGGAAAUAACGGAGGAGGUGGUGGAAGUGUUAGUGGUGGGGACUCUAUUGAUCGAAGAAAUGACAGUGUAAGCAACGGUCAACCAUCUCAAUCGGGAUCUUCAUCAAUGCCAUUAGAACGUCCGAAUUUAGCUGGUAAAAGCUGGUAUUAUGGAUCUAUUACAAGGAUUCAAUGUGAUACGGUAUUAAAUCAACAUGGUCACGAUGGAGAUUUUCUUAUUAGAGAUAGUGAAACAAAUAUGGGAGAUUAUUCUGUUUCCCUGAAAGCUCCAGGAAGAAAUAAACAUUUUCGUGUUCAUGUCGAGAAUAAUAUGUAUUGUAUCGGACAACGUAAGUUUCAUACAUUAGAUCAAUUAGUUGAUCAUUACCAAAGAGCACCAAUCUACACAAAUAAACAAGGUGAAAAAUUAUACUUAGUUCGACCAUUACCGAAAGCUAAUGGAACAUAAAAAAAUAUACAAUUUAGAUUUAUUUUUUAUUUAAAUUAUAUAAAUUAAUAAAGUAUAACUUAUCGUAGAAAUUAAAAAUUAAGUUAAAUAUUAAAAAAAAAAAUUUUAAUUUGAAAAUUUAGAUUUAAAUACAAUAUGAAAAAUAACCAAAAUCAAUCGAAUGAUUAAAUGUUAAUUUUACGUAUUUUUAUAUUUUAUAUAAUUUAAUAGUAUAAAUAAUCACAUACAUUAAAUACAUACAUAUACAAUACAUAUUUAAUAUAUGCAAGUAUAGUAAUAAUCAUGAGACAUUUAUUUUUGAAAAACAAAAACUUCGAAGCUUAAAGAAAUGCUACAAGCAUACAUUGACUCUACUAUGUGAAAUAAAUAUUCAAAUGAAUUUUAAGAACAUUUACAAAUUAAUAUUUGAUACACGUUUAAUUUUCUUUUAUUUUCUUUAGUAAAAAAUAAUGAAGUUUGUAAAAAUAAUCAAUUUUUUAAUUUUUAAAUAAUAUUAAGCUAAUAGAAAAUACUGAAUAGAUUUAUUCAUACUUGAAUAGAACCAAAUUUUAUAUUUCUCUUAUUUAUCUUAAUGCGAAAUAGAAGAAUUGCUAUCAAAUACAAUAAAGAAGAUUUUAACAAUAAGUUUUUUCUUAUGUUUACAGAAGUUCAAAAUGGAACGAACUUUACUUUAAUUUUAAACCACCUUUUUUGUUUUCGAAUUCAUAUACCUGAAUAUUAAAUGUUUGAUGGCAACAUUCACGCAUUAGGACUUUGAAAUUUAAGAAAACAAGUACUAACAUUACAAAUAGUGAUUUGAGUAUUUAAGUAAAUAUUAAUAAUGAUAUCUAUAGACAGAGUCGUUUUCUUUUAAGAAAAAUAUGUAGUGUUUUAAAACAAAUAAAAAAUUCUGUAAAAAAUAAGCUGAUUGUUUAUUAAGGAUUUACCAGUGAUUUUGUUGGCUUCGAUAAAUCUGUAACAUACAUCAUACAAAUAAAGGCAAAAUCAUUAUAUAAGAGACAAAUACUUAAAUUCCAAAGUAAAAUUAAUGUAACCGAAUGUAACUUGAUUUUAAGUACUAAACUACAUAGUAUCAAAUAAUGGUUUGAUUGUUUCAACAUUUAUUGUCACCCUAUAUAAUCGAUAGCCCCAGAUGUGGUAAUCUACUUUUAUAGCUUUGUUAUACAUAUAUGAUAAUGCAUUAAAUUAUUAGAUAACAUUUUACUAAAUAUUAAUCAAAAUAUGAAAUUGCAAAAUUAAUUUCUAAGCUCUUUACAAAAAAGCAAACCAUAAUUGAUUGAAAAAUAAACGAUAAUUAUAAUACAUAUUCUGUAAAAUGUCCAAAACAUUAUGAAAAUAAGAAUUACGUUGAGCUAUUAUAGCGAAAAUUGAAAACAUUUAACAUGAAAAUAAUAAAUUUUGUUAGAGUUAAAUUUUAGGUUUUAGUAAGAAUACCAUAGAAAAUUUUUAGUUUUUGUAUUUGUUAUGUGCUCAUUUCAUAUGUCAGAUUUUAUAAUUUUCCGUCAUUGAUUAUUUUUUAUGCACUUAACUUCAUCGAAAAAAUUAGUUUCAAAAUUGCCUAAAGCUUAACAAAACUUUCAUGAUAGCUCAAAUAACUUCUAAAUUUGAAACAAUGAAUCCUAAUAAUUAACAUAAUACAGACAUUUUACCAAAAAACAAAAAAAAAAAUUAUAUAUAAAAAAAAAGAAACAAAAAACUUAUCAUAGCUAAUAUAAAUAACUGUAAAAAGUUUCCAGGGUCGAGAUAAUGCUAUACUAAUGCCAAAUACAGUGAUUCCUCAUAUAAUGACAUAGGGACCUAAAAUUUCAGUUGCAUAAGUUGUAAUGAGUAAAUAUUAUAAGAUUUGUGAUUAAAUCAAAAAAAUAUUUACACAUUUCAGAAUGAACAAUAUUUGCUUAAAAAUUUUUUUUUGUGAAAAAAGCAAAAACAACAAAUAUUAUAUCACAAAUGUGUAAGUUAUAAAAUAAGGAUUAGAAUUUGUAUUGAUUUUAAAAACUCAAAAACAGGAAGACACUUUAAAAAAAAAAGACAAAGCCAACAAGAAAAUCGGCUUUGAUAAACUCCACAAAAUAUUUUUAUGCAAGCAUAAAUUAAGUGUCUUUUUCGAAAAAAAUGUUUUCUUUAUUUUGAAAUAUUAAGUAAUUUUGUAAACAAUAUAAGUUUUAGCUCAAACAGAAAAACAACUAUAGUCGUUGUAGGAGGAAUAUAUCGCUAUAUGAAAUAGAAUGUCCCAAAAUAUGUUGAACGAGGAAUUAGUGUAUAUCUAUCAACCGACCAAGCUGAAAUAAUUUUUCGAAGUGUAGUUUGUAAAUUACAAAUUAUAGAAACAAUGUUCAAUGCGUAUUUUUUGGGUAAUCUCAUUUUAUAUCAGUAUAUUUUCAAAAUCCAUCUGGAAAUAUUAUUAAAUUUAUCCAAAUUAUUUUUAUUUUUACAAGUCAAAACAAAGACGUGCUUGAAAUUGCUUUGAAUUUUUUCUUAUAAUUCUUAAAAAGAAUUUUAUUUGCAAUUUAGACAGUAUUCCAUUGGAAGACCGGAAAGGUCGAAUGCGUUCAAAUUUGCUUUUAAUUUAGAACACGAAUUUUUGCUAAAUAUUCACAUAUAAAAUGUGUAUAUAUAUAUAAUAUUUGUAUAUGCAGGAUCAAGAGAGUUUAAAAUAUUAGCCAAUUUUCUUCACACAAGUAAAUAUUAUCCAAUAACUCUUCGGAUUUUAAUACAAAUUUGAAAAUUUAUUGGAAUUAUUUUCGACAUUAACUAUAAUAACUAAUUUACAUUCAUAUAUCUAUCAGGCUAUUAAGCAUGACUCACAAAUUUUUUGUGAAGGCAAUUUUAAAUCUGAUGAUUUUAUAUUUGGGAAAAAAUAAUUGAAACUUAAUUUGAAAGUAUCCGACCAUUUCUCUCUUCCAAAUGAAAGGACACCGACUAAAUUACAGAAGAUUAAAAUUUACAAAAAAAAAAUGUUUAAAAUUUGAUCCACUGAAUUCGGAAAAUAUUUUCAGCUUAAGGUGAUAUAUUCGACACUAGAUUAUUUUUAUUAUUCAUUUUUUUUUUCCAACUUAAUAUUUCUUAUAGAAUAAUUUAAGUAUUACUUUAUGUCAUUUUUAUAAUAUACAUACAUAUAAAUACAAUAAAUAUUUUAUAAAUACAUAGAAAAAAUAAAUGUCAUUAAAAGGAAAUACAAUUAUUAUAUUACUUUGUUUGUAAAAAAAAAUUGCAUAGAACGAUAUAUUUGUUCAAAAAAAUCUUAUGUAUAUAAUGUGUGUAUUUAUACAUAUCGCAUAAUUGAGCUAAAUGAAAUAAAUUUGAUUAUUACACCUUCUCAAAAAUAUGCAUAAGUUCCAAUUUUAGUUCGUAAAAAAAUUAUUUGGUAUUUGUAAUUUGCAUAUUUAGUGAGUAAUAAUUGAGCAAUAAGCGAAUGAAGUAUGAUCAAAAAUAUUUGGCUAAAUUUUUUUAAUUAUUUUCAGUAGUAUAAUACGUGUAAACUCACAAAAUUUCUCAGGUAUUAUUGGCUGAACAAAAUUAUAUUGAACCCAUAUUUUCAAUAAAUGUUUUAAUUUAAUUUUGUUCUGUUGUCUCUUUUAAAAUAAAAGGGUAAUAUUUUUCCAGAAAUUCACAUAUUCACUGGAUUUUUAUAAACAUGACUUGUUAGUAAAAUUCCAGACUAUUGGUUAGGAAUUAGGGCUAGUAGAGCUUCAUUCUUGUUUUAAAAUUCUAGAAUUUUAUUCUAAUUUUUUUAUAAUGAAAAUUUGUCAAUGAUUAGUUACGUAUAAAAUGAAUUUUAAAACUUUCAAAAGGACAAAUUUCAUAUAUGUAUAGAUAAAAAUUCGAGCGAAAUAUUGGUAAAAUAUUCGAAUAUUAUUUACCUUUUCCUUGUAUAAACAUGUAUGUAUAUUAUCAUCAAUAGUUGUAUAUUAGUUGUAGCAGAAACUAUUAAAAUAGCUCUUAAUAAAGAUUGUUAUUGUAUUUAUUUUAACGAAAUUGCUCUACAAAUUAGAGUUUUUGUUAGGUUAGAGGUUACUAAGGUUUUGAUAAAAUUUAAAUUUUUUCUUACUGUUUCUAAUAAUUUCAGAGUUCCAAAUUUAUUACUCACAUUUGAUUUAAUUUAUAACCAACAUUUGAUUUAAUUUAUAUUCACACUCUUUAAAAAUUUAAUGUGUUAAAAUUAUUUAUAUCUUUUAAUUAAAAUUAUAACUGAAAAAAAAAAGUUAUUAAUGCAUUUCCAAUUUUACACGUUUUAUAUAUAUGUACAUACAUAUAUUUGCAUCGCGUUCAUCAAGUCUUGCUCAUCAAAUUUUGCAGAACAAAAACUAUCAAAUAUUAUACAUUAAUAAUUUU